AGAGUUGCGAAUGUAGGCAUGUUGACAAUCUAGAUUAUUGAAACUGAAAACGACAUCCAAAUCAUGUUUUUGAUGCUAUUUAUUUUACUUAUUGUAAUUUUUUUAGUCGCUCUUCCCAAUUAUUCAAAUAUUCUGUCUAAUGUGCUCUGUAAAAGACUGUUUAAAUUGAGUGAUAGUGAAUUAGAUCUUCGAGCACAAGUGAAAGAUUUAAAAUGUGAACAAGCUUCAAUAAGUAUGGCUGAUGAAUUUGCACGAUACAUGAAAUUACAGAGGAAGAUUGAUAAAUGUUUGCAGGAAAUUAAAUCAGAAGGUGAUCCAAGGCAACAGAAUGUUGCAUAUGUCAAGUUAGGAGUAAAAAUAGCAAUAUAUGUACUUCAUGGAAUAACCAUGUUAACCUUGGUACUGAUGUAUAGAUCAACACCAUUGUUAAUGAUGCCACCAGAAUGGUUUACGCCCUUCAAUAAAAUUGUUGCAAUGCCAACAGGAGAACCAGGAGGUAUUGGAAUUGGUUGUUGGAUUGUAGUAUGUAAUACAGUUGUAUAUCGUGCUAUAAGACUGUCACCUCUACUGAGCAGAUGAUAAAUUUAUUCUUCCACAAGUUUUUAUUUACUGGUGGUUGGUAGACUAAAUAGAGUGAUGGUUCUUGCCUUGAUAAUAGAAAAACCAAGUGUGUUGUUAAUGGAGAAAUAUUGGUUUUAAAAUAAAUGUCCUAUUUUCACAAUGUGAUUAAAUAUCAACAUUCCUGUUAAUGAUGUGGUGUGGUGUAGAAUAUUGGUGGUGUUUUCAUAAUGAACAUUAAUUGAAAAUAUUUCCGAAUUCGUUAUUAAUUCACUUGUCGUUCAGUACCUUUACCUUGGAACAGUUUUUGUUCCUGUUUUCCAGGUUGGUAAUGUGACUUAUUGUGCUGCCAAUUUGAGCAUAAUACCUUUUAGGGGGAGAGGGAGCAUUUG